AUGUCUGGACUUAAUAACAGCCCCCGUUUCCCUGUAAAACAUAAACCCGAAAAUAAAGGAAAAAAAUCAUCGCUUGUUGCAGAACAAAUACAAAAACAGAAAGGUGUUAUAGGCCCAAAUGUGUUAAUGUCCGAAAUGCGCAUUUCGGACAUUUUGAGAACAUAA